AUGGCCAAUAAAGAUGAUUAUCUUACAUACUACCGCGAGUUCUUUGAAAACUUUGCUCAGACUGUUAACCCCAAUGACCAGCUACCUGUUAAAUUGGCAAGUUACAAAUUGGUGAAUAUUGAAGUUGUAGGAGGAAUAAUCGACUGGACCACACAGUAUUUAUCCCAAAAAAAAUGCCCGCCAAAUUUAUUUGCUCCGCUCAUCAAGAUUGUUAUAGAAGAGAUAAGAAAAGCCUGCAAGAAACAUCCUAUCAAUUGUGGAUACAAUCCUGCAGAUAACGCUUAUGAACCCCUAAGAUUGAUGCAGACUGUGAUGGCCAAAACAAAUGAAGUUUGCCUAAGAUAUUUGGACAAUAGCAUGCUUUGCUCACUGCCUUCUCCCGAUGCGGGAUCUCCAUUUUGUUUGACAAGUGUGUGCGCAAUCAAAAAUACACGAAGACGAAUGGAGGACAGACAUGUUAUUGUACAUGAUUUAAAUACCACGUUUAGUAUUCAGGAAGCAAGUCCGUCCAGUUAUUAUGCAAUUUUUGAUGGCCAUGCAGGCCACGACGCUGCUGCAUACAGCGCAGCUCAUCUACAUCAAUUCCUUGCCGAAAAUAAAUAUUUUGUUUCUAAUCCCAAACAAGCCUUGCUAGAUGCCUUUUGUAAAACAGACGCUUUAUUUAUCGAUAAGUGUAAAGUUGAACACUUAAGCAGUGGUACUACUGCUGUUGUUGCAUUGUUACGUCCUAAAGAAAAAACGUGUUAUGUCGCCUGGGCUGGCGAUUCUCAAGCUUUAUUAGUUAAUAGAGACAGGGCAUUACAACUUGUGAAUCCCCACAAACCCUGUAGAAUGGAUGAAAGGGAGCGUAUAGAGAAACGAGGUGGUUGCGUUAUAAAGUGGGGAACAUGGAGAGUCAACGGUCAAUUAGCAGUGUCUCGAGCGAUAGGUGAUCCUGAGUACAAGCCUUUUGUUAUUGCUGUGCCUGAUAUUGAAAUACUUCCAUUGGAUGGUGAAGAUUUCCUAGUGUUAGCUUGUGAUGGCCUAUGGGAUAGUCUUUCGGAAGAAGCAGUCGCCAGAGCCAUUUAUAGUUUAGUUAUGGAAAAUCCAG